AUAAUUGAUAAAUUGUCUCUAAGUUACGAACGCCCUUUUAAAUUUGGCGCAUUAUCGAAUGACUCGAGAGAUAUCGAUUGCAGCGAUACAACGCCGCACCUCGCGAGACUGAUACUUUGGUGACGCAGGGUAAUGGUUAGCAAAAAGUUUUAUGGUAAGAUUUUAAUUUCGUUGAACGGUGUACUUUAAGUAGAAUAAGAAAUUUUUACACUAUGGCUGACUCCGAUGACGAAUAUGAUAGGAAAAGGAGAGAUAAAUUUAGAGGGGAGAGAACGGAAUCUUAUUCCAGAGAGGGACGUAGGGACGAUAGAAGAAGAGAUGACUGGGUUGAUAGUUUUAAAGGUAGUGAUUAUUCCAGAGAGUGGUCCAGUCGACCAAGACAGCGCCCAGAUUACAGAGAAUACCGUGGUGGAGGAGGUGGAGGAAGGGACCGAUACAGUCCUGCUAGAUCGCAAGAAAUGGCACCUCCUAUGAAAAGAAUGAGAGCCGACUGGGAUGAUCGACCAAGAUAUGGGCAUGAUUAUUACGGAGGUGGAGCAGGUGGUGCAACAUCUUGGGGUCCUGACCACUAUCCACCUCCGCAUCAUAGUAAUCAUCAUUAUGGAAACCAUGGUAACAGUAGCAGUCGAGAGGUUGCUGGUAACUUCAGUAAUUCCAAUGUUGAGACUCAACCUCCGAUGAUGUCGUUUAAAGCAUUCCUUGGAACACAGGAAGAUACGAUUACGGAUGAGGAAGCUAUUAAGCGGUAUAAUGAAUAUAAAUUGGAAUUCAGGAGGCAACAGUUGAACGAAUUCUUCGUUGCGCACAAGGAUGAGGAAUGGUUCAAAAUAAAAUAUCAUCCUGAGGAGUCAGUGAAGAGAAAGGAGGAACAGGUGGCAGCCCUUAAGAAACGAGUUGAAGUUUUCUUAGAAAUGCUUGAUGUAGGAGAAAUAGAUAAAGUAUCCGUCGAUGCUGACCAAGCCGAUGCCUUGUUACAUUUAUUAGAUGCAGUGGUUAUUAAAUUAGAAGGCGGUACAGAAGAAGAUUUGCAAGUUCUAGAAGUAAAACCGGUGAACCCUGUUAUAUCUAAAGAUACAAAUAAAAAUAAGGAGGAAAAAAUAAAAGUUGGAAAUGACAAAAAAGUGGAGAGCAGUGAUACAAGUAAGACGGAUGAAACGCAAGCAGAGAAACCAAACAAUGGUCAGAAUGUAAAUAACGAAAAGAAUGCGGAGAAGGAGGAAGCGUCGAUAGAGGAGACUGAGAAAUCUGAAGAGAAUGCAGAGGAAACAAAAAAGGAGGAUGAUAUGGAUGUCACAGAAAAGUCAGAGGAAACCAACACUAAAAAGAGGAAACGAACCGAUAGCAAUAGCAGCAGUAGCAGCAGCAGUAGUAGCAGUAGUUCUUCCGGUAGUGACAGCAACAAACCCGAUACACCAAAAGCGGAAACUUCUGCGACCGAAAAGGCGGACGCAAGAAAUGAAAACGCGGAUGCGCAAGAUGGCAAAGAAGAUGAUCAGGAAGUUAAAGCUGACAAGGAACAGUCGGAAGCUAAGAAGUCUACGAUGGAGCCGGAAGCUGUGAUAGAUCUAGCUAGCGAGGAUAAGGAGAAAGAACCUAGAGCUCUGCACAAAACUAGCAGCAUCUUCCUUCGCAAUCUGGCUCCAACGAUCACCAAGGCAGAAGUCGAAGCGAUGUGCAAACGCUUCCCUGGAUUUCUACGAGUCGCCAUCGCGGAUCCGCAACCGGAGAGAAGAUGGUUCAGAAGAGGAUGGGUGUCUUUUGAAAGACAGGUGAACAUAAAGGAGAUAUGUUGGAGCUUGAACAAUAUUCGAUUGCGAGACUGUGAGCUUGGCGCUAUAGUGAACCGGGACCUGUCGCGACGCAUCCGCACAGUGAAUGGUUUGACGUCUCACAAACAAAUAGUCAGACACGACAUCAAAUUGAGCGCCAAAAUUGUUCACAAUUUGGACAACAGGGUUGGUCUGUGGAACGAGGAGAAGAAGGAAGAUAAUGCAGUGAAACAGGAAGAUGAUAACAAGGAGAAUAAGAGCAUGCAAAAUGCGUUCGGCUUAUCAUCUAAGAAUCCUGUCCUUAAAAAUAUCACCGAUUACCUGAUAGAAGAGGCAUCGGCCGAAGAAGAAGAGUUAUUAGGAAUGUCCGGUGAUCAAGAAGAGGGACAACUAGGUGGUGAUGGUGAUGGUCCCAUCGAAAGAGACCCAACCUUAAUUAAAGUUCUAGACAGAUUGAUCCUCUAUUUACGAAUAGUUCAUUCCGUCGACUACUACAAUCACUGUGAGUAUCCAAACGAGGACGAGAUGCCGAACAGAUGCGGAAUAAUGCACGUCCGAGGUUCGCCUCCGACCGCCAAAGUAUCAAGCACAGAAUUAUCCGAAUAUUGUCGCAACUUCGAAAACAAAAUGGCUGCCUUCCUACAACCCGUCGCCACGUUGUCUCAAGAGGAGUUCGAUAAACUGGGCGCCAAGAACGCUGAAGCUGAGGUCGAGAAGUUCGUGCAAGCCAACACUCAAGAGCUGUCGAAGGACAAGUGGCUGUGUCCGCUCAGCGGGAAGAAAUUCAAGGGACCAGACUUCAUCCGGAAGCACAUAUUCAACAAACACGCGGAGAAAGUGGCGGAGGUAAAAGCAGAAGCGGAGUAUUUCAACAACUAUUUGAGGGACCCGAAGAGGCCGCAGCUUCCAGAACAUCCGGGGAACAAGGCACCUCCCAGGGAAAGCAUACGCGGCGAGGGCUUUAACCCCUAUGGAUGUACCACGUUUGGAGGCUACGGUGCUGGAUACGGUGGCAGCAGAGGAGGCUACGGAUCCAGUUACAGUGCAGGAUUUGGUGGAGGGUUUGGAAUGCCGCGUCCCACUCGUGGUGGAUUCAAUAGAGGACGUGGCGGCGGUGGAGACUUUCGGCCAGUCAUUCAUUAUCGCGAUCUCGACGCGCCGAGAGAACCGGACGAAUUCCUAUAAAACUGCUUCGAUUUCGAGGAAUCAAGGACGAAUACGCUGCUCUGAAAAAAAUAAUAUUCGAACCGUGUGCGUAUUAUAUAAUUUGUAUAUACUUUAUUCACUCGAGGAAAACAUUUUGUUUAGGUAAAAGACUAGGUAGAAAUUCUGCGGAGUCGCAUACAUUUCAGAAGACUUUAUACAAACGCGGUUAACUGUAUACAAAAAUAUAUCUACGUAUACGUAAUUUUCUUGUACGCGUGUGUAUAAGUACGAUUAGGACGUUAAAAUUUAAGAUCUCUUACAUGUAUACACACACGCACACAUACAUGUAUACACAGAGAGACAUACAUUAUAUAUCUUAUUCACAAUAGGUGAAAAAUAAUGUAAGACACACAAGAAAUUUCAUUGCUAUUGUAACUGGAAGUAUAUAAUGUGUGAAUAAAAGUGAAAAGUAUCGUUUCCUAA